AUGGUGUACUGGGCCAAGUUCCCGGUCCUGGCUGUGGUUACCGUCCGCGCGCCCCCGACAGUGUGGGGUGGCCGCCGCGACGUGCACGGCUGGCGAUGCCCGGCGGACCCGGAUGACUUGCAUGUGCUGAUGCAGCGCUACUUUUCCUCGCGCGUGGGGCUCGACCGUGUCCCGGGCGAGAGGGAAGACGCUGCGUUCUGCGACCUCCUCGCACGCGCGGCUGCCAAGAGCAAGGCUGCGCGGUUUAGCCAACUUUUGCGCAGUUCCUCGGGCGCCGACCCCUCCGCCUCCGAGGUGGUGGCCCUCCGAGCGCUGUUGCCGGACAAGCUUCCCCCGUUCGAGUCGCAGAGGGGAUCGCCGGCUACAAACUUUGAGCCGGUCGAGCUCUACGACAAUCCCGCGUGGUGGAUCUACGCCGCGAUCGGACAGGUGCUCUUGGACGACGAGGACCUCAAGGCCCACGGCCCGGCGAUCGGGGCACGGUACUACGCGGCCAACGGUUUCGUUUUGCCCCCUGCCCCCAUCAUGUCGGUAGCAGUGUGGCCACCCGAGGGCGGCGGUGCGGCUAGGGCUGAGCGAGGGCAGGAGCGGGGAUCUAUACGUUUCGCCCUAGUAUUCGGGGGACUCCCUACCCAGCCUAGAAGCCCUGCCAUGAUAAACCGCGGCGUACAGCUCCGACUAGGAGACCAGAACAAGAGCCACCCCAGGAAGUAUUCCGUCAAGUCCCUUGGUAAGACGGUGGAACUCCUCUAG